CAGCGCCUUCCAGAUCACAAGCUUUGUUUGGAUGUAAUCAUACUAAGAUAUUUUUUCCACAUCGACGUUUUUCUGCUUUCAAUCUUUUUUUUUUGGGAAACUGUAUGACGGAACUGUGUCACAUUUUAGUUUCCAAGGCGCCAUACGGGAUCCUGAAUGCUUGUCCUUGCAUGGCAGGAGUGAAAUAUAAACAGCUGGUGUGUGUUUAUGUUUAGAAAGUGUUUAAUCAACCUGCAGUCGGUUUGUGCAGAGUUAAUGGCCAUAAGGCGUCCACCUCGCAGCGCGCACACAUUCCUGUGAUGUGGAUCUGUUACACUUUUCCAAGCUUUUAUAUGGCUAAAGCUCGAUAUUUCUUAUCGACUGGAGACAGUUUGAAGAGUUUUUUUUAAUUGUGUGUGUCCUCAACGACUCUUUACUUUACGGUGUCAAUGAUGACUGAGAACAAUGAGAUGGAUAGCGACACUCAGCUCCAGCGCUCCCCAAGCACCAUGUCCAUUCAACCGAUGUCAUCCAAGCUCCAGAGACUAAAACGCUCGCUGUCCUUCAAGACCAUCAUGCGGAGCAAAAGCGUGGAGAAUUUCUUCCAAAGGUCCUACAGCGACGCUCGCCUGCCCCCAGACUUCAUCACGGACCCACCUCCUCCUUCCCCCCCACUGCUGCCUGGCUCCCCUCUCGUUGGCCACCGCUCCCCAUCCGUGUCACCAUCCCUCAGCCCCAACCCCUCCAUCUCCUCCCAUUCCCCAAAUCUCAGUCUUUCACCAUCACUGUCCAUAAAGCCUCCCCAACCUCAGAUCACCCACUGUUUCCAGGACCAUGUCUUUCGCAAGUCCACCAACUGCCAGCACUGCAAGCACAUGAUAGUGGGAAACUCCAAACAGGCCCUGCGGUGUAAAACCUGCAAGAUGGCUGCUCACCUGUGGUGCACCUCUGAACUCUCGCAGCAGCUGUGUCAUGGGAAGUCUGGAGCGUUCAAGCGAAACUUCAGCUCACCACUGCUGGUCAACGAUCAAUUGUCUGUCGUCAAGGAAGUUCAACCGAGCCAAGAGGCAGCGAGGAUGCGCGUGGACCCUGUGUACGCCGCCCUGCGCUUCGGGACGUCCUUGGCGCAUAUGAGUCGCUCCAGUUUUGGCAGUUUGUCAGAGUCACCAACACGCAGCCUGGGGGAGGGAGGUGAGGAGAUGCAGCAGAGACAGUACAGCAUGGAUGAAGAGAUUACUCAGGAGACAGGGGACAACCCUUUCCCCGACACUGAGAUGGAGGAGGAGGAGGAGAGCGGCAGCCAGCUGAAUCUCGCAGAAGCUCCGGACCCUGCAGAGGAGAACAAUGUGAUGGUGCCCAAGCGCAUUGAAGUUCACUCCAUCCACACCUACGUAGCGCUCUACAAGUUUCUGCCUCAAGAACAGAAUGACCUGGAACUCCAACCUGGUGAUCGUGUGCAGGUCACUGACGACUCUGGUGAGGAGUGGUGGAAGGGCAAGAGUGGCGACAAAGUAGGCUUCUUUCCUGCCAACUUUGUGCAGAGGGUCCGGCCGGGGGAGCGAGUGUGGCGGGUCGUCCAGGGCUUUCCAGGAAACCGAGAGAAAGGACACAUGGCCGUGAAGGAAUCCCAGAUCUGUGUGGGGAAGCGGGAAGAAGGCGAUGUGUUUCUGAAGCUGAGCAGUGGGAAGAAGAGAGGGCUGGUCCCAGCUGACUCCAUAGAGGAGAUCUAAGCCUCUGUGCUCCCAUCACCAUCCUUUCACUUCUACUCCCCCCAGGAGGCUCCCAUCUUCAGACUAUCAGCAUCACCCCUCCUCCCCCUUCCCCGCUGCAGAACAACAGCUGCAGCCUUCUGCAACCAAUCCUGCCUGACUUAAACCAAACACACAGAUGAACUGGACGGAAAAAAACGAACACUUCUGCAAAGAUCCGGGACCACAGCCCUUCAUGAGCACACGGUUUCCAAUUGAUUUGAUCUACUGUCUUUCAAGAGUUUUCCGAUAUGCAGUAGUCCUGUUUUAGAGAGGAACUGUUUUCAGCACUUUUAUCUUAACAAUACAAGACCAAUGUUUAGUUAGAUAAAGGUUGAAAGUGAACAGGAUUUGAAUAUGCUUGCCAGAUGCCAGUCAAUAUAUUGUUUUCCUCCAUUAUAAAGAUGUCGACCAGCGUGGGAGGAGGUUGAGUCCUGUCAUGGGAAUAUUGUGUCUCUGUCCGAGUCCUUUUCUUGUUUCCUCACCCCCUGUGUGUCUAAUCCAUAUGCUCAUGUCAGGGCGUCAUAACAUUGGACAAUUGCCAAGCACAACCACUGCCAGAGAAAACUGCUGCCAUGUAGACAGAGAGGAGAUUCAGAUGAAAGGAGAAGACACAAUCUGAAAAUCCUCAGCAUGUGUGAGUGAUAAGUGCACUCGCCAACUUGAGACGGCAGAGACGAGAAGAUAAUCAAAGGAAAAUGUAAGGCUUUGACGAUCACAGGGAUUAUUUUUCAUUUGACUUGUUUCAGUAUAAAAUAACAAUGAAAAUAUAGUAUAAAAAGUGCUUAGGCAUAUUUAAAUUCCUGGUUAGAAAGCAUAAAUCAGCUGGUGAAGCCCAUGCUCCACAAGUCAACUUUGGUGAAUUUUGCUAUCUACUCGACAGCAUCUUAAACUUACAGGUAUUUCUUGAAAGAAUCCUUUGAAUUUUCUUCUGAAAAAUGGCAUGUCCCUACAGGAAUACACUUGGGUGUGAAGUAUCUUACAUUCAAAUAGGUCUUAAUCUGUCCUCUUUGUGUUUCAGUUAAAUAUAACAGAGGAGAAAUAUAUUUUUUAAUUCUCUCUUAAAAAGCAUGGGGGCUGAUCACAGAGCAAACGUUUCCGACUGUAGCAGCGGCAGUUCUCCUGUCUUCACAUAAAGGAGCUUGACAGACAUAAAAGGGUUGGUUUGUUCAGAGACCAGCCAAAGAGCUGCAGUGGGUGUUGCAAAUGUUGCACAGCGUUAUUACAGGACAUCACUGGAGCAGUGGGAAAUAAGCCGCGGCCAGAAAAACAUCUCAAUUGGGAUCUCUGUGACCAUGACAAGGAGUUUAAGUUUCACUGACAGCUUGGAGGAGGUGCAGUGAGAGGAAUGACAUCAGCGUUGUGCCAUUAUGAGUCAGUGUAUGCAUGCAGGUAGUAUUGUAGCCAUCAGUCAUCAUUGAUCAAAUGACAUCUCCAUCUUCCCUGUUUGGCCUCGCUCGUCCUUUCUUUAUCGAUGCGACUGUUCAGUUAUGACAUAAAGUGAUGGCGAUUUUCUUCCAAUGUAUGGAGGUAGACUUUUGAUGUUUAGACAUCCAUCGAUUUCUUUUUACCCUUUUUUAUUGUUUUCUUCAAAAGAACUACAUCUUGUGUCACAAACAGGAUGAAAAUGUUGGUUUGAAGCAUAAAAUGCAACAGUAAAAUGAUGGCAUUGAAAAUGAUUUAAAUCGUAUGUCUUCUUCCAGAGAACUGAGAUCUAGCUUAUAUCAUUUAGUCUACAUUUUAAUAUAUGUGAAAGCAUUUAGCGACUGUGAGAAAUAAGCUACUCUUCUUGUUAUAACGAGAAUAGAAAUGUAUUUCCUCCCAUCUUUGUAAAUUGUGCUUUUUGUGUCUCCUUCAUAGCUGUCGUACUCAAAUGGUUGUCAAAGCAAAACUGGAUUUAUGAUUUUUACCCAUGUUACCACUUUUUGCAUUGUGCCUAGCUGUCAUUGGUUGGCCACAUACCUUAA